UUUCUAAAGUUGCGACACCGUUGUAGACUGUUUAAUAAUUGCCAAAAAAUUGUUUAUGAUAUUGCUAAUAACGACCAUUUUUUCAAAUGAUAUUUGUGAGUUUUGUAAUUUUGGCUCUCGCCUGUUUUAAUGGCUCAAAUAGCCAGUUAGUUAAAGGUGGUUGGGCAGCAUGGUCAGAGUGGAGUGGUUGGGGAAAAGGAUUGUGUGAAGGCAACCAACGUGUUAAGACAAGGGCUUGUUCUAAUCCAGUCCCUUCUACCAAUUCUGAUGAUCUUUACUGCAUUGGUGACAAUUACAUCAAAGAAGUUGGUGAAAUUGAUGGUGGUUUGUCUGAGUGGUCACAGUGGAGUUCUUGUGAAAAACCAUGCGGUGGAUCAGUGGUUAAUCGAACUCGGCAAUGUGACAGUCCUUCUCCAAGUAAAGGAGGUUUAUUCUGCAUUGGAGAAAUGUUUCAAACAAAACUUGAAUGUGUUGCACCAUGUCUAGAGGGAAGAACAGAUGGUGCAUGGUCACCUUGGAGUGAAUGGACAUCUUGCCCUGAAUCAUGCUCAACAUCAGGUGGUUCUCUAGUUCAUAGAUAUCGAACCUGUAAUAUGCCACCACCCAUGUAUGGUGGUGCUCUAUGUCCUGGAAAUGCUUCUGAAUCUGUAGUAUCAUGUUUUGAUAGCUGCCCAAUUCAUGGCGGAUUUGGAUCAUGGUCCACUUUUUCAGAGUGUUCUCAGACAUGUGGUUCUGGAACAAUGCAUCGGUCAAGAACAUGCAGUAGUCCUGAACCACGUGGUAUAGGUGCAAAAAACUGCACUGGAGUUUAUGAUGAAGUGAAACAUUGCAGACUUGCAGAAUGUGUUGACUCUAUAAAUGGUGCAUGGGCUCAAUGGAGUGCAUGGACAACAUGUUCUGAAAAAGUAUUUUGUCUACAAGGAGUCUCAAAACGUGGAAGAACAUGUUCAAAUCCAGCUCCAAAUAAAGGUGGAGAUGAGUGCCCUGGAAUAAAGGAAGAGUCUCAACAAUGUCCUACUAAUAAAUGCCAAAAUGCCUUAAAGCAAAAAGUUGAUUUGUUCCUUCCUGUUGCUAAUGAUGAGUACUUGUAUAAAGAAUGUGGAGCUACAAAAAAAUAUGCUACUCAAGGGCAAGGUUUUCAAGUUCCUGACAAAGUCCUUGCUCAUACAAAAUUUAAUGAAAAAAUUAAAAAUGGUUAUUAUGCAACUCAAGUCGAAGAAGAAGGGAAAGUAAUAAAAUACUGCUUUGAACCAUGGCCUUUAUUAACUAUCAAGGAAGCCGCUGAUUUAGUACCUUCUUAUAGAAAAACCCCAGAGCUACCUAAUUAUAAGAGACCAGACGAAAAAACUCCUGUGCUUGGUUUAUCUGUGCGUAUUGAAAAAGACACUUACAAGCUACGGGGAUGGGAGUUUGGUAUUGAAAAAACUAGUGAAUAUAUAGCUGGAAACAAAUUAAAACUUCAUGAUGUUAUGUUUACAUAUUAUUCCGAUGGAACUUUCUGGAGCUUUCUUGCUAAAGGAGAUUUUUUGUUAUUUAGUCCAACAGUUUUUAAAUGUGUUAUAUUUAACAAUGUCACAAAUCAAAUUGCUACAUCAAUGCUUGGAAAAACAGAUUCGAUAACUUUACAAAGUUUUCUGAAUGUUCUAAAUAUUCCAGACGAAAUUGCAGGUCAAGGUGCUUCAAUAAUUAAAGCAUUAAAAAAUAUUGGCAUUUGGGAAACCAAAUUUACCCAGCCUCAAAUUGGUUACGAUUUCGUUAAUAAUUUCACUGCACCAUUCCGCAUAACUGUUUCUAAAAUAUUCAAUGGGGUGCCAUUACACUUUGAGAUUGUUUAUAUAAACACUGGAUGGGAUAAAAAAGUUGCAUUUGGGUUUUCUUUUGAUGGCGAGUCAUAUGGUUCAGUUUUAGAAAAAAUGGCUGAUUCUAGUUCAGCUGGAAAAGCUGUUUCAAGUUUCUUGAACAGUAUUGGACUGCAAAUAGAAGUUGGCUUGGGAUAUUGUCCUGUUAAAUAUGGAGAUUUUCGUACUGCAAAAGCAACAGGGUUCAUAAAAUCACCUUUAAAUAAAGUUUAUUCUGGGUUUAUUCCAGGUGGGCUCACAGCUGUUGCUAUGGUUAGUUUACCUAAAGAUUGUUUGGAUAGCUCAUUUUGCAAAAUAUGCAAAAAAAUACUUGGUUCAAAAGUUAAUUUUCGAAUAAUGACAAAUGUGAAAGCAGGGUACUUAAGAGCAGCAGCUGGUUUUUAUGACAUCAGAAUUUAUGAUAAUUAUCAAUUUUCAAAGCUUGAACUUUUUGCAGAAGUUAACACAACAUCAAAGCAACAAACACUUGGUUUCAGAGCAGAGGUUAGAAUACCUAUUAAAAUUGGAGAGGUUGUAGUUGAUGGUAUGAUUAUGGACAGAAGUUUAACAUUAGGUGGCAUAAUAAAACAUGAAAUAGGCAGUGAAGACAUUAGCGGGUCUUUAUACAUGAGUGGCAUGUGGUAUCAUGCAUUUGGAUUGAAUUGGCUAAACAUUGGCAAAAUAAGUCUUGGUAUAACAAUUACACUUGGUUCACCUAUUCCAGUUACUGGAUUUCAAUUUGGGGGGCAGUUAGAAUUUGGAAUUAACUGCCUAUAUUAUGCUGAUUUUUAUGAAACUGGACACUGUAUGCGAGUUCAGAUAUUAUUUGGGUAUGGAAAACCAACAUAUUUUUAUGGAAACAUUUCAUCUCUAACUAUCGGAAAACUUGUUCGCAUGUGUGGAGGAAGAGCAGCUUUACCCGAUAGUGUAAACAAUGCAGGUUUUCCUAAAGGGUUAAUGGUAUCAUACAAUGCUGGUAUAAAUCCAAUUGACCUUGGUUUUGUUAAUGGACCUGUUAUACCAGAUGGUUUUCAAUUACAAGGUGUACUCAAUCUGUUUGGUUAUUCAAUUUCAGCCCAUAUCAAAUACAGUAUUAGAGAAUUUUAUAUUGACGGUGAUCUGGAUCCAAUAAAUUUAGGUGGUUACAUAAUAAUGUCAAGAAAUGAAUCUUAUUUAAAUAUUGGACCAAAACUACACUUUGCUUACAAAAGUUCUCUUGAAGCAAGUAAUUCAAAUGCUACUAAUACACCCCUGUGGAAAAAAGUCUUCAAUAUGCCUUAUUGGAAGAUUUAUUUUGAAGGUUUUGUCAACAUUCUUGGAAUCAAAGCUUCAGUUUUCUUAAAUGUUAGUAAAACUGAGUUAGAGAUGUACAUCUAUGGAAAAGUUUUAAAUCUAAUAUAUGCAGAACUCUAUGUUGCUAGUACAUAUGAAAACCAGAGUAUCAGUAAUAUGGAUUUUUACAUUAGGGCCAUUGUUGAUCUAAAAGGUUUAACUGAUGCGAUUGAGAGAGCAAGAAAAGCUGUUAAUGAUGCAUUUGUUUAUGCUCAAAAGAAACUUUUAUCUGCAGUUGAAGAUGUCAAAGCAGCAAAAAUUAAGUGUAAAGAAAAACUCAAGAUUGACUGUGCUAAUUGCUAUGCAUUAAAGUGCAAAGAAGCUCAGAAUAAUUGCAAAAAUUUUCUUGAUUCAGCUGGAAAAUGGAUUGGAGGUCAAUUCAACAAGUUUGGACAAUGGGUGGCAAGCACAGCUCGUAAAAUAGGAGAUGGUAUGGCAAAUAUUGGAAGAAAAAUUGCUUCAUUUUUUGGUCGCCGUCGACGAAGAAAUUUACUGGCGCAACGUGAUGAGCAAUUUGAUAUUCAUAUUCGAAAUAAGCGUUUUGUAAGCAAGAUAUUAUGUGAAGGUUUGGUUGGAGGAGGAUGCAAAGCUGUAUCAUAUCUAUGUCAUGGCACUUGCAGCGCUGUCAAUUUUAUUGGGCAAGGAUUAUGCAAUGUUUUAGAUGUAGCUGUAGUAGCAUUGAAAGCAACAGAGGUUGCUAUGGGUUGGGUAAAUUCAGCAAUUCAAUUUUUGAUGCAAAUGUUUUUAAUUCAUGGAAUUCGUUUUGAGCUAGGUUUAGGCCAAAAAUUAAAUGGUUUUAUGGUUGGUGCAGCAAUUGAUUUGACCAUAUUUGGACAACGUCAAAAUUUUGAGUUCCAAUUUGAUCUGAAAAAUCCAGUUCAAAGUAUAAUGAAUGCUAAAGAUGGAGGGUUACACAGAUACAAAGAUGGUGUUACACAGCUUCGAACUGCUCCUACAUUCAACCCCUAUGAUCGGCCAAAUCCAUUUUCUGACUUUGAUAUUUCAGGCACAUUUGGCAUUGAAUCAUUGCGUACUCGAAGUGAAAGUCGACUUGGUGCAUGCAUAGCAGCACCAACUACUGAUAUUAACGAAGAAAUGGUUCUUAUAGCUUGUAAUGACACAGAUGAAAGACAAAGGUGGACUCACACUCUACACGGCAUGCUUAUUAAUCUCUACUCUAAGAAGUGUUUAGCUUUACCAGAUAUGGUUGAUGGUAAACUAUUUCAAUCAGAUUGUGAUUCCCAGAAACAUAAACAUCUUAUGAAUAUCGAAUGUGAUCUUAAAACUAAAACAUUGAAGUUAAGAAAAAAGGACUUAUGUGUUACAACAGUUAUUACAAGUGAAAUAGGUCCUGGCUCAAUUCAGCAUCACGGAUCAUUAAAAUGCAUUCAUAUUUCACCAGGAAAUAAAUUAGUCUUACGAAACGGAUGUCAACAAACAACUACUGAGUUUGAGAUAAACCAAAAUGGUCAUUUGUAUUUCCGUUUUAAUGGAUGGUGUGUUCGGGUUUCAAAUGGUAAAGCUAUAAGUGGAGCAAGCUUAGAACUUAUUCAACCAUCGCUUGGUUGUGAUUCUUUUUCAUUUACCAAACAAGGUUCAUUGCAACAUAUGUCUUCAAGGUUAUGUGUCCAAACACUACAAAUGGAGAUGAUACCGCGUGAUUUUACUGAACUAGUACUUGGAAAACAGUGUGAAUAUGUUAGCUCAUUAAAAGAUUCUGCUUCACUUCCUGACUUACAGAUGACAUUCACGUUUGUACCACAAAAUAACAAACUUUUUAUGAUGGAAUGUGGAGAGUUGUGGAACAUGAAGUUUGAGCAGCGCUUUGGCAUCAUGCAUGAUGAAAUCAAUACUGUGUGUUCAAAGCAUUGGCCUGAUCUCGCUUUGAAUAAAAUUGCUGUUCAGUCCAGUACCAAUCGUAAUGGUUUUGCAGAUAGAGCUGUUGAUGGAGACUUCAACUUCCAGUGGGAAAAAGGAUCCUGUACACUUACUAAUGAGGAAGUUGACCCAUGGUGGAGAGUUGACCUCGGAAAUGAGUAUAUUGUAACAGAUGUUACUAUUGUUAAUCGUGGAGAUCGUGGCGAUUACUUGACAAAUUUUCAAGUGCAUGUUGGUUCUAAUCUUGUUGUUCGUCAAAACCCUGUAUGCCAUGAUAUUGUUCGCUAUGCUGGUGAUGCAGAGGCUAUAAGGUUGCAGUGCAAUCCACCUAUUCCAGGAAAAUAUGUUGGAUUACAGAUGUUUGGCACGGGAGUGCUUUCUGUUUGUGAAGUUAUUGUUGCUUCAAGGCUAGGAAGUUUGUCUGAUUAUUGUCAAAUUGAAAAUGGUGGUUGUGACCAGAUUUGUCAUAAUGAAUGCGGAAGCAGAAAAACAACAUGUUCCUGCAGACCUGGUUUUAAGUUAGCUUAUGAUGGAAAAUCCUGCUUCGAUAUUGACGAGUGUUUAAUAAAUAAUGGUGGCUGUCGCACUGACCAACAUGCAUAUUGCAAAAAUACACCAGGAAGUUUUCAUUGCUUAUGUUUUAAAGGCUUCAUUCAUAAAGAUAACAGUCUCACUGAAUGUGCAGAUAUAAAUGAAUGUGGAUCAGGAAAUGGUGGAUGUGAACAGAUGUGCAACAAUACCCUAGGCGGUUAUUUAUGCACUUGUCGAAAAGGCUAUGAACGUAAAAAGAAAGACAUGUAUGGUUGCCAAAAUAUCAAUGAGUGCUUGAUAAAUAAUGGUGGUUGUGAACAUAAUUGCAAUGACUUUGAUGGUGGUCACUAUUGUUACUGUCGACCAGGAUUUAAGCUUAUGGAAGAUGGAGUUUCUUGUGAAGAAGUUACAUGCAGUACUUUAGAAGUACCUCAAUGGGGAGUUGUUUCACCUUCAAUAUGCACAAAAAGAUUUGAAAACCUUAAUGUUGGAAUUGUGUGCUCAUUUCAAUGUGCUAAAGGUUAUGAAAUAAAACAUAAUUUUAAUGCAACAUCAUUGUUAUGUGGAACUGACGGAACUUGGAACAGCUCAAUGCCUUCAUGUUAUCCUGAGAAGUGCCCUUCAUUAGUUCGGCCAGAAAAUGGUGGUCUUAUACCAAGUCGCUGUCAUAGUUCAGGUAAUGGGUAUAAUGAAUUUGGUCAAAGAUGUGUUGCUUAUUGUGAUCAUGGCUAUCAAUUGCAAGGACCUGCCACAAAAUACUGUCUUUCAGGAUCUGUAUGGUCAAGUGAAGAUGUGGUUAAAUGUAUUAAAGUGAUUGAGAUUCCCUACUUAAACUGUCCAAAUGAUUUCAGUCUAACAUUGCCUCCAGACAAAAAUACUGUUUCACUUGGUUCUGAUUGGGUUGAGCCCAAUACAAACAUAAAUUUUACCAAAAUAAGUGUACAACCAGUUGGUAUUGGAAGGUCUUAUCAAUUUAGAGCUGGCCAAACAGUUGUUUCUUAUAAUGCAAUUCAUGACAGUGGGUCAUUGUUUUCAUGUUCCUAUGUAGUGCAUGUUAAAGAUAUUUCACCACCUGUCUUAUUGUCUUGCCCAAGUGACAUUGUUAUAGUGUCAUCAUCUUCUCGGGAAUCAAUAAGUUGGACACCUCCAACUUUCACUGAUAAUGUUGGAGUAACUAAUUUAAUACUACCUAGAUGGAAACCUGGAAAUGUGUGGGAGAGUGGAGAAUACAGAAAGUUACAAUAUGAUGCUUAUGAUGCAGCAGGGAAUAAACAAACAUGUUCUUUUACUAUAACACUUAAAAGUCUUGAUUGUCCUACCUUGUAUGGUGAUAAUAACACUGUUGUCACCACUUUUGUUCCACAAAAAAGAUACUCAAUUGUAUGUCUUCAUCAGAAAACUUUGUUUGGUAACUUUGGUUACGAUGGGUCAGUUAUUUAUUGUAAAGAUGGGGAUUAUUGGAUUGAUUCUGUAAAAAUUGGUUUAUCUAUUCCUGAAUGUGUUUCUUAUACCGAAUCUUCGCUAAACCAAAUCUGUGACACAGGAUCAGAAAAGUUUUUGUAUGAAGAUUUCUUUGGCGAAACUAUUUACUAUUGUGCUGUUUGUCCAAAGGGCUCUGCAUACAACAGUACUAGUAAAAAAUGUGAAUUAUGUCCUGUGGGUUCAUAUCAAGAUCAAUAUGGAAAAGUAGAAUGUGAGAGUUGCCCUCGAGGUUCUACUACUAAACAGAUUGGAGCUCGUUUUGAAAAAGAAUGUCUUUCACAAUGUAAACCAGGUUAUUAUUCUUCAAGUGGUAUUGAUGAAGACAAUGAGUCAUGUGUAGCUUGUUCAGUUGGCAGUUUUUCUGAUAUAUAUGGAGCAACCAGUUGUCAAGUUUGUCCUGAUGGUGGGGUUACUUUAAUGAGUGGUGCAAAUGAUAAAAAUCUGUGUACAAAACCCAUCAAAAUCACUCAAGUUCUCCCAGGUUUAAAGGUUGCUUCAUCAGUAGGUAGUUCAAUUACCUUAAAAUGUUAUUAUGAAGGUUACCCGCUUCCUGCAGUGUUUUGGUCUAAAUCUUCUGGAGUUAUUACGGAAUCCCGAAAAGAGUUUGACAUCUAUAACCUUAACGUUGAGAAAAUUGGUGUCUCCUUAACAUUGUACGAUAUAAAAUAUUCAGAUGCUGGAAAAUACAAAUGUACAGCAAAAAAUGAAAUAGGAAGUUCAGAAGUUAUUGUUGAUGUAUUUAUCACACCGUCAAAGAUAUAAACAUUUUUUUAAGUUUUUUUAGCAAGAAUAUUACAUAAUUACUAAAACAA